AGCGGGGUCGGGGGAGGGGGCAGCAUGGCCUGUCCGUCCGGCCCCCUUCGCCGCGCUCCUCAUCUGCCCCGCGCCGAGCGCUGCCGCCGCCGCCGCUCCGCUGCCCGCGCCGCCCGCGGCUCCCGAUGGAGACUGACGCGCCCCAGCCCGGCCUCGCCUCCCCGGACUCGCCGCACGACCCCUGCAAGAUGUUCAUCGGGGGACUCAGUUGGCAGACCACGCAGGAAGGUCUGCGCGAAUACUUUGGCCAAUUCGGGGAGGUGAAGGAGUGUCUGGUGAUGCGGGACCCCCUGACCAAGAGAUCCAGGGGUUUCGGCUUCGUCACUUUCAUGGACCAGGCGGGGGUGGAUAAAGUGCUGGCGCAAUCGCGGCACGAGCUCGACUCCAAAACAAUUGAUCCCAAGGUGGCCUUUCCUCGGCGAGCACAGCCUAAGAUGGUGACUCGAACCAAGAAGAUCUUCGUAGGGGGGCUAUCAGUGAACACCACGGUAGAGGACGUGAAGCAGUAUUUUGAGCAGUUCGGGAAGGUGGACGAUGCCAUGCUAAUGUUUGACAAAACCACCAACCGGCACCGAGGGUUCGGGUUUGUCACAUUCGAGAGCGAGGACAUCGUGGAGAAAGUGUGUGAAAUCCACUUCCAUGAAAUCAACAACAAAAUGGUGGAAUGUAAGAAAGCUCAGCCAAAAGAGGUGAUGUCCCCCACAGGCUCGGCCCGGGGGAGGUCUCGAGUCAUGCCCUAUGGAAUGGACGCCUUCAUGCUGGGCAUAGGCAUGCUGGGUUACCCUGGUUUCCAAGCUACGACCUACGCCAGCCGGAGUUAUACAGGCCUGGCCCCUGGCUACACCUACCAGUUCCCCGAAUUCCGUGUAGAGCGGACCCCUCUCCCGAACGCCCCAGUCCUCCCCGAGCUUACAGCCAUUCCUCUCACUGCUUAUGGACCAAUGGCGGCGGCGGCGGCUGCAGCAGCUGUGGUUCGAGGGACCGGCUCUCACCCCUGGACGAUGGCUCCCCCUCCAGGUUCAACUCCCAGCCGCACAGGGGGCUUCCUGGGGACCACCAGCCCCGGCCCCAUGGCUGAGCUCUAUGGGGCAGCCAACCAGGACUCGGGGGUCAGCAGUUACAUCAGUGCUGCCAGCCCCGCCCCCAGCACCGGCUUCGGCCACAGCCUUGGGGGCCCCUUGAUUGCCACAGCUUUCACCAAUGGGUACCACUGAAGCAGGAUACAGGUGGCAGGAGCACCCCAGCCUGUGGCCGACUGAGGACCAGGAGUGAGCCAGUGAGGGGACGGACACCUCAGCCGCAGCCGUCGUCUCCUCUCCUGCAGCAACUCGAACCGCUUCUGCAGGCCGCCCCCCCCCGGGCCCAGCGCCUGCCCUGCUGCCUCUGGACAACGUCCGGCUCCCCUACUAACCUCCCACACUUCCACCCUUCGCCCCUCACCUGCCCUCUCCUGCCCGCUUUUAUUUAUUUUGGAUUAGCCGGUUGCCCACCCUACCUCCCCUCUUGGGUCUGUGCCCCUACCUCCCUGUCGCGCCCCCAUAGGACCCCGACCCGAAGAAGGCUUUUGUAUUUGUGCAUAGCUAGAGUGAGGGCGGAGGGCGCCUGCCACAGGACGCAGCCCCAACCCUUGUUUUUUAUUUUGAUUUUUCCUUUCCUCUUCCGUUUUUUUGUUUUUUUUAAAGAACUGUUUUUUAAACUAUUUCUAGGUUUGUGAAUGUGAAGUCCCAGGCCGCAGGGGGCAAGGGGCCAGGUGCCCCCCACCAGCUGAGAACAAAAUGUCUAUGUGGGUGUGGACCCCUGGCCACCUCCCUCCAGCCCUGGAGAGGAGGACAGGGCUGAGUAGGGCCAGGCCAAGCCCCUGGACCAUCCUGUCCUGUAUCAUAUGUAAAUACUGUGAGGCGAAGCCCCCACCUCUCUCUCAGACCCCUUGGGGGUGAGGGCAUUGCCUGACCCCACCUGGCAAAGGUCUCCCCCACUCCCCCAUUUCUGUCUCCUCCUCAGACACCGUUACUGUAAGCUUGCAGGCCUCAACUGUGGCUGAGGCAGGCCCGCUCUCAGGCCUUGGGCCUGCUCACCCCAAAAACCCACUGUGGGGGCAAGGGGGGAGGCAAAGAGCAGGGCUCGCCCAGAGCCACUGCUGGAAAGAAAUUAACUCUCUAAAGGUCUCCCCCAGCCCCCGGCCUAGGCUGGGCCUUCAUGUUUUCUGCUCUGAGCCCUGCCAUGAGUGGGCAUCAGGGGGCACUUUGGGAAGGGGCGGACCCCAGGGGAAAGCAAAGGGCUUCUCAGGGAACCCCACAUUCUCUCACUGAAGUUUCCCACCGGGUUGGUCCCAUGGCCAAAGCCCCUUGGCAGCUCCCUACCCCCAAGUCCCCUUCAAAGGGUCUGACUUCAUGAACUGAGUGACCUGGCUGGCGUGGCAGGGCUGAGGCCCACCUGCUGUCAUCCUGUUUCCUUCCCCUUCUCCCCCAGAUCUGAGGCUGGGGACCUAAGCUCCCUUCUGCAUCACAGUCCCCCACCCCUUAAAACCCCCUUUGGAGAGUUAAUUGUCUGAGGUGCUUAACCUAUUAGCCCUGAGAACACAAAGCAAUAAUCUUUGUUACUGAGAUACGCGGCUGUUCGUGGUGUUUUUUUUUUUUUGAUGUUUCCUAAUAAAAGAGAAGCUGCAUUUUAUUGGGUUUUAUUUUUAAUUUUUUACACGUUUGAGCUGAGUCAGGAGAGACUUAGCUUCCCUCUCCUCCCCUUCCUGUGACUCCCACUCCCACCCCAGGGGACCCAACCAUGGCUCAGGGCCCUGGAAUUCUGUUUUCUGAUUUGUUUGGGGAAUUUUUUAAAAAGAUGUUACACGGUGUUUCGAAGCCGGCAAGUUACCACCCUCUGGUGUCUCUUCUCUCCACAUCUGUAACUUCUUUUUCCAGGUUUUAUUUUCAGUUUUAAAUUCCUAAUAAAUUAUUUGAAAAUUGUGCCGGGCUUGUGUCUU